AUCAAAGUAUGGUUACCGGAAAAUCGAGAUAUUAGUUGCACAAUUAUAGGUAAAUUCACGCAAGGUGGUAAGAUUGACGAAAAACGUCUCACACAUAGACUUGUAAUAGAUGAAGGUGAACUCGAUUUCUUGAUUAAAGAUUGUACCGAUGCUGGAACUUUUGCAGGUAGGGAAAAAUGUCCACUCGAAUUUAUACUUACGUAUUAUGAGGGCCAUCAACCUCAGUACACGCAUUUGCGAGCCUCAAUGUUAGCAUAUGCGCAUAUCAAUUUGUUAGAGAUGCUUCAGAGAUUCGAUCCUAAUGAAGUAGUAAGGAUUGCUACAGAUUCUAUAUAUGUACGAAAAGAGGCUUUAUAUAAGAUCGAAAAUACACCAGCAUUCUUCAAGCAAGUUGAGGUGAAAUUUUGCUUUGGGGAAUGGUUUUAUAGACCAGACUCCUAUGCUCUUUCACAUCAACCGGAAGAACAAGAAAUCCAGGAAAUUCAACCUGGUCAAUGGUAUAGUAUUGCACCAACAAUUUACGAUCUUAUUACAAGAUGUCGAAAAUCGUAUCUUAAUGGGGGAGGAGAAUCCGGUAAAACAACACGAGCAAUUAGAAUUUUUAAAGACAUAAACAUGAUUAUUUUCACUCAUACGAACGCAUUGGCUAAAGAUUUUCGAGAAAAACGUAAUGUAAAAGCUCAAACCUGGCAUAGCUUCUUUAGAUGGAAUGGAGUGGGAGAGUGGACACCUGAACGCAUGGAAGAGAAGAAAUUUCUACGAGUUGUUAUUUGGGAUGAGGUAAUUUGUUGCGGUGACGAUGCACAAUCUCCACCAUUCUUCGGAGAAAUGCCACAUAAUUGGUUAAAAGAGCAUGCUGAUUAUUACGAAGAAGUUCUAACCGAUUAUCGUGCAAAAUGUCCUAAGUUACGUAAACUUAAAAAAGCUAUGCGUCGCAAAAAUAAUCGAAUACAAUCAAAAUUAUUUCGAGAAAUUCUUCCGACUAUAGAAAAAUGGGAAUGUCUUGAAAAGGAAUGGACUCCCUCAGAUCGCAUAUUAUCAGCACAUCGCCUAUCUCGAAGAAUUGCAUCGCAAAAAUGCUUUGAACUCCAUCAUAUUAAGUAUCCAGAUACACCAGUUCCAUUAAUAUAUAGGCUGAGAGAUGGACGUAAACAAAACUGCCUUAUCCAAAUUCCCGUUUGGGUUAUCGAUGAACAUUUGGCGUGGGAUAAUCUAAUAUAUCUUGCAGUUGGUCGUGUAGAAUAUUUGAGCCAGCUUAUUCGGGUUGAAGGUCCCCCAUUACCUCCUGAGAUUAAGAAAGCAAAAAAUAAGAAAGCAAUCAAAUGUUUAUUGAGGUCAUUUAUUUCUGGAAAACUCGUAGGAUAUAUGGAUCAAGAUAAGAAAAAAGGUCGCGAAUUUGAUUUAUCUGUUGACUAUAUCCUUACAUUAAAAGAUUUGCAGAAAGAUAAAUGCGCACUAUGCCUAUUGAGAUGGAAUGGGGUUGGUAUGAUGCAUAUAAUCAAGAUCAAUGGACAGUUGAUCGAAUUGAUAACCAAGUAG